AUGUCCGAGUCAAGAGAAGCCAUCAUGCAACGCAUUGAAGAGAUGGAAGUCGAAGAUGGAGCAGAACGCCCAAGAUUCACAGAGGAGGAAAUGGAGAAGAUCCGGCAAGCCAGGGCACAGCCUAGGACCGUUGUGACAACCCGUCCAACCUCCCUGGGAUAUGUAUCCAUUGCUUGCAUCAUAAUCAACAGGAUGGUGGGGACUGGAAUUUUUAGGACACCCACCACGGUUGCUCACGGGACCCAUAGCGUUGGCUACAGCCUCGUCUUCUGGGCAGCUGGGGCCAUAGUCGCAGUCUCUGGGGUUCUCGUAUUUGCGGAGUUUGGCAUGACUGUCCCAAGGCUACCAGUUGAAAAUGAGCACGAAAAAGAAUCAGUACCUCGAAACGGGGGCGAGAAAAACUAUCUCGAAUACAUGGUCAAACGCCCACUCUAUCUUGCCACUUGUAUCUAUGGGAUUCCCUUCAUCUGUCUGGGGACCGCAGCCGGCAACGCGAUCGUCUUCGCCGAAAACAUCAUGCAAGCGGCCGGCAAAGAGGCCAUGAAUGCCUCAGUUCGAGGAAUUGCCGUCAGUGUGAUAACAUUUGCGUGUUUGCUGCACGCAAUCUCGAGAACCGGAGGCGUCUGGUUGAACAACUUCUUCGGCGCCGUCAAGUUUGUCAUGCUGCUCGUCCUGUUCAUUCUCGGGGUAGUGUAUGCCGCCGGAGGCUUUGGCGGGAGCGACGAAACGGCGUCGCAAAACCUGAACGUUCACAAAUCCUUUGCUGGAGCGGCGACGUCCUCUUACGGCUAUGCUGAAGCCUUUCUGGCCAUCAUAUUUGCGAUUGGGGGUUUCAAUCAGGCCAAUUAUGUCCUUGGAGACAUCGAUGAUCCUCGAAAGAAGUUCAAGCACACUGCCGUAACCACGGUCAGCAUUGUCAGCAUACUGUACAUCCUGAUCAACAUAUCCUAUAUGCUGGUCGUGCCCACCUCGGUCCUAUUCGAACACGCAGAUGACACCGUUGCCCGGCCGUUCUUCCAACGCAUCUUUGGAGAGGAAGCCGCCGACAAGGUGCUCUGUGGGUUCAUAGCCUUUUCGAGCUUCGGCAACAUCAUCGUCCAGACCUUCACGGCGGCGCGGGUGAAGCAAGAGAUCGCCAAAGAGGGCAUUCUGCCGGGGGCAAAGUUCUUCGCGAACAACUACUCGCUCUGGCCACGGCGGUUGCGGCGUGACAGCAGAGCAGAAACCUCGGACGACACCCCGGCGGGCGCACUGAUUCUGCAUCUCGUCUUCGCCGUGGCGCUGAUCCUCCUGACGGUGCCAGAACAGAAUCCGAACGAUGCCUAUCGGACCAUGGUCAGCCUCUACUCGUUUACCAUCGACGCCUUGUUCGGGUUUGCCGUGGGCCUGAGUCUGCUCGUCCUGCGGCUUCGACCGGGCUACCACUGGGCCAGCAAGUCGGACUCAAACGCGUCCGUGAGCAUUUCUGCAGCGCUCAUCUUCACCAUUGCCAAUGCGUUCCCGCUGGUUGCCGUCUGGAUUCCGCCCUCGGGCGACACAGGGAUCACGCAGCCGGUGAAGUGGUAUUUGACGGGUACGAUUGGCAUGGGACUGAUUGGCUUCUCUUUGGCGUAUUGGGUUGUAUUCUACUAUGUCGUGCCUCGGCUGAAAGGCAAGAGGCUGGAGGUGGAAAGAGAGGAGAUUCUUGAUGAUCGAAACGGUUACUGGAUCAUGUGGCACGAGAUUGUGCGGUUCAAUUGGAGGGUUGUCUGA